AAAAAGAACGAAUCGGAUAGAACUUACAGGUAGGAUGAGAGCGGGAUAAAACGAUCGGACUGAUCUUUGAUCGGAGCUAACUCGGAGAGAAGAUGUUGAGAACAUUUUCGAGAAGAGCAGCUUCUUCUUCAUCCUUUUUCACCUCCAAUUCAUGGGUAUCGAUUUCCGGCCAGAUUCUUCCUCCUCGGAGGAGGGAAUUCUGCUUGGGCGUCCUUCCCGAUGGCGUUGAUCGGAGCUCCGACGCCUUCGCUCGAAAUUCUGAGGCCAUGGGUGGAUUCAUUACCGAGCUUCGUUCCCAUAUCAACAAGGUUCUAGCUGGGGGCGGGCCGGAAGCUGUGAAGAGAAAUGAAAGUCGAAAUAAACUACUUCCCAGAGAGCGGAUUGAUCGCCUUCUUGAUCCUGGCUCUUCCUUUCUUGAGCUUUCUCAGCUUGCAGGCCAUGAACUGUAUGAUGAGCCCUUGCCAUCUGCUGGGAUAAUCACUGGGAUAGGGCCUGUUCAUGGACGACUUUGUAUGUUUGUAGCCAAUGACCCCACCGUUAAGGGGGGGACUUACUAUCCCAUCACAGUCAAGAAACAUCUAAGGGCUCAGGAGAUUGCUGCUAGAUGCAAUUUACCCUGCAUUUAUCUGGUUGAUAGUGGAGGUGCUUUCCUUCCAAAGCAAGCCGAGGUGUUUCCUGAUAGGGAUAAUUUUGGCAGAAUAUUCUAUAACCAAGCUGUUAUGUCUGCCGAAGGUCUUCCUCAAAUAGCUCUUGUAUUGGGUUCAUGCACGGCUGGGGGUGCUUAUAUUCCUGCCAUGGCUGAUGAGAGCGUGAUGGUCAAAGGAAACGGCACUAUAUUUCUUGCAGGACCGCCAUUGGUGAAGGCUGCUACAGGUGAGGAAGUCUCUGCAGAGGACUUAGGGGGUGCUAGUGUACAUUGCAAAACAUCUGGAGUUUCUGACUAUUUUGCGCAAGAUGAAAUGCAUGCUCUGGCUCUUGGGAGAAACAUAGUUAAGAAUCUACACAUGGCUGGGAAAGAAGGUUUGAUAAAUGAACUGCAAAACGUAAACGAAGACUUCAAGGAGCCAUUAUAUGAUGUCAGGGAACUUCGGUCCAUUGCCCCUACUGAUCAUAAACAGUCUUUUGAUAUUCGCUCUGUCAUAGCUCGAAUUGUUGAUGGAAGUGAAUUUGAUGAGUUCAAAAAACUAUAUGGAACAACUCUUGUUACAGGCUUUGCCAGAAUUUUUGGUCAGCCUGUAGGAAUUAUUGGAAAUAAUGGGAUAUUAUUUAACGAAUCUGCUUUAAAGGGGGCUCAUUUCAUCGAGCUAUGCACACAGCGGAAAAUUCCUUUGGUCUUUCUUCAGAACAUCACUGGAUUUAUGGUUGGCUCAAGAUCUGAAGCAAAUGGUAUUGCAAAAUCAGGGGCCAAAAUGGUCAUGGCAGUUUCUUGUGCAAAGGUCCCUAAAGUUACUAUCAUCGUUGGUGGAAGCUUUGGUGCUGGAAAUUAUGCAAUGUGUGGUCGUGCGUACAGUCCCAACUUUUUGUUCUUAUGGCCAAAUGCGCGAAUCUCUGUGAUGGGUGGUGCUCAGGCUGCUGGGGUACUAAGUCAGAUAGAAAAGAGCAAUAAGAAGAAGCAAGGAAUUCAGUGGGAGAAAGAAGAGGAGGAAAGAUUCAAGGCAAAGGUAGUCGACGCAUACGAGCGAGAAGGAAGUUCUUAUUAUUCCACAGCUCGGCUGUGGGACGAUGGAAUCAUCGACCCAGCCGACACAAGAAAGGUUAUCGGGCUGUGCAUCUCGGCUUCCCAGAACCGUGCCCCCGAAGAUACAAAGUUUGGUGUAUUUAGAAUGUAAAAUUGCAGUAUGCAACAGAUAUGUCUCUGUUAUAGUAGUUGUUGUUAGCAACAAGGAUGAUUGCUGCUCAUUUGUUUCAAUGUGCUGUGUAACAUUCAAAAUAAUCAAAGAAUAAAAGCUCUUCUUCUAUGGAAAUUGGAUGCUC